AUGGCCAAUGUGAUUAUCAAGUCCCUGCAUACAGGUGAAAAGCUUCAGGUAGCAAAGGACGAGUUGAUACACCAGGUGCAGCACGUUGAGAAGAAAACCUUUCCUCGACGCGAAGCCAUGGACUUCACCACUGAACUUCAGAAACGAAAUAUGGACCUCGUAAUCAUCGUUGAUGAUGCUGGCCUAUCUACACCGGCAAGGCCAAGAAUGGUCGCUUACAUGGUCUUCGUCCAUCUCAAAGCUGGGAAUGCUGUCCUCCUGCACAAGAUUUGUGUUUCGGAAGGAUACAGACGCCGAGGCAUUGCCAGGAUAGUGCUAGAAAUUCAGGCGGAACGAUUGAAGAAGCAGGGAUGUACUAAGAUCCAGCUCUGGGUGGACGAGGGAAACAUCCCUGCGAGACGUCUAUACAAGGUGUUAGGCUUGGAAGAGGUGAGCCGAGUCAAGGACUACUACGCCGUUGGGCGAACAGGCAUCCAAAUGCUUUGGGGAUUUUCAUCAGUGUGA